AUGUAUACGAGUGUUAUAUGCUCCUAAGCUUCGAGCGGCAUUUCGACUGCACGCGGGAUGAUGAGGUGAGAAGAGUAGCGAAAGGCGGAGCCAAGUCGAAAAUCGAGAAGUGCAAAUCGUGCUGAACUCUGGCAUUAAUCGAUCGAACGUCAUCCCAUGUGAUGGUCAUCCCAACGUCAUCCCGCACUGCAUCUCCACUCUCUGUCGACUUGUUUACUCCUGACACUUCUGCGUGUUUGAUUAUCAGUAACUGUCAAUAAAGAAAUGGCACUUGUGCAUUCGCGGAUGACGAUUCCGGGAUCACCGGAGGAUAGUCGUGUUGCAUGGACGAAUUGACAGUAAACGACGCGUAAAUAUGGUGGCAAUUUGCUUAUGCUCCGAACAACGUGUCAACUCUCUGUCAUCUCACUUUUGAUUGUUGAGUAUCCUGAGCGCGAAAAAUGGACAAGUUAACUAUCAUCUCGGUGGUACUCUUCUUUCUCGCGGAUAUCUCCGCCAUAAUUAGCAUCUCUAUGCCAGACUGGAUCAUUACUGACGUCGGCGGUGACACAAGAUUAGGUCUCAUGUGGUCAUGUAUGACUUUGUACAACAGACCGCAAGUCUGCUUUAAAUCGCAGCUGGAGUCGGAAUGGAUGAUGGCACUGGUCUGCAUAUUUAUUGGUUGCAUUCUGAUCACAGCAACCUUAAUAUUAUUGGUACUUUCGCAUUGGGACCGUACCGUCAUUCCAUUUGCACGCUGGGUAGGAUUCAGUGCCAUGAUACUGUUUUGUAACGCAGCAGUUAUAUUUCCAAUGGGAUUUCAUAUUAAUGAGAUUGGCGGGCAACCAUAUCAGUUGCCUAAUUCACAUCAAGUUGGAAUUGCUUACAUCUUGUUUGUUCUGGCUUUAUGGAUCACAGUAAUCUCCGAGCUUUUUGCAGGCAAAGUUUGUCUACCACAUUUUUAGCAUUGUUCCAUAGCACAAAUACUUGUUAAUUAUCUUCUACUGACAUUUACGCUAAUAUUAUUUAGUAUCAUUUUAUAUGCAUGAUACAUAGAAUCUUUUUCAUCUCAGAAUAACAAUUUUAUAAAGCU